UUAACCGGAAACAGAGACAAGUUUGAGAGAGGGAGAGACCGAGCCCAGGACAGGGUGCAGUGCAGGAGGGUGUGACACAACAGGGGACGGAGGGGGAGAGCGCAGGACAGGUUGGAGGGGGUGGAAGUGAGUGUGUGACCAGAGGGUGAUCUGCAUGGGGAGGAAAUGACCAGAGUGUGACUGAGACGAGGGUGGGUGCAGGUAGGUCCGGCCUCGGACGCAUGCAGUCGACUGUCUCGGGCAGUGUGGAGCUGGAGACCGGGCCAUCAUUCCAGGAGCUGCCCCGGGGCUUCCUGCACAGUCUCCGGACUCUGUUCGAUAUCCUGGACGAUGGGCGAAGGGGCUCGGUUCACAUCUUGGAGAUCGAGUCCCGCUGGAGCCAGGGCUCCCCCGGCCGGGCACUGCCCCCGGGGGUACUGCAGUGCCUGCGCAGAGUGGCACCAGCCUCUGGGUACCUGACCUUCGAAAGGUUCGUGCAGGGGCUCCAAUCCUCCCUGCUCAGCCCCGGGAAUAGGCAGGCACAAGAGAGCAGCAACUCGGUAUGGAAGAGGACUAAGGAUGGCUCUCGGAGGAGCAAUGAGAACCUGGCCAGCUUAAGAACGCUAAAGGUCCCGCGUCAGAUCUGCCCAGCGACUGAACGUCACCACCUGAUGUCAGACAAAUACCGAGCUCCUGGGGUUCGACCAAAAUCACCGCUGAGGGCGAGACCGGCAAACAUUCCCAAUAACUGGACAGAGCCAGAUCAUGUCUCACUGGAGCCUGGCCAGUGCAAAACCACUCUGGCCGAGAGGGAGCCAACGAUGGAACAGAGAGGAACCAACACAGGACCACAGAGCGCCAUCGAGUGCCUUGGAUUGGAAGAGCAGAAGCAUCUGGAAGCAGAGGGGAGACACAUGGCUCGCUGCCAAAGUGAGGCCUCCUGUGGUCGAAUGGCAUCUGGCCUCAAACGCAGACAGGAACUUGGUGAGCUUCGUCGUCACACCAUAACCAGUGGGAUUGACUAUGACAGGCUGAAGUGGAUGAAGGAGCUGGAACAGGAGAAGGACGCCUUGCUGCAGGGUCUCGAAGUGAUCGAUUGUGCCAGAGGCUGGUAUAUCCAACAAUUCCAGGCAAUCCAGGAACGUCAGAAAAACCUCAGCAAGUCCCCCAGUGGCAAUGCCAAUGCUGCUGAAGGCCACUCAGUCCGAAUGGACCUCCUCCUGUCCAAACUGCAGGCAGUGAGGCACUGCCUUGUCGAUCUCACCUCCUGCUCUGCCAAGCUGAUGUCCCGGUCGUGCAAUAUGGUGAACGGCUGUGAAUUUCCAGCUCCGUGUAACAUUCCCGUCCCUGGGAGCAAUCUCCAGAUGGUCACAAUGCUAAAGGAGCAAAAUCGGCUGCUGACCCAGAUACCGAUUAAACAGACAACAACAGGAGGACAGUAUUCCCUUACACACUGGCCACACUGCCCUACAUCAAGAACAUAUCAGAAUUGACAAGACUCCUAAGACCACUCGGAAUCAUGGGGCCCACAAGCCCACAGCCACUCUAUGACAAAUACUUACAAGGAUUAAAGGUUCCAUUCCCACAACAUGCAGAACCAACAUGAUUUACAAAAUACCAUGCAACAACUGCCACAAAUACAUCAGACAGACAGGAAGGAAACUAGCCAUCAGGAUACACGAACAUCAGUUCGCAGCAAAAUGGCACGACAAACUCUCCUUAAUAUCAGUACAGUCAGACAAUGAAGGCCAUCAGUUUAACUGGGACAAGGUAACCAUAGAAGCCCAAGCCAAACAUAGACUACAUAGGAAUUCCUAAAGGCAUGGUCCUCCACCAGAACUGCAAUCAAUGAACAUACAGAAUUGGAGCCCAUAUACAAACCCAUACUGAUUAAAACCAGAAAUGACACUACUUACCAUAAUGGACCAAACUGUAUAAAUUCCAAGUGGAGUACAAUAAUAUCGCUUCUUUGGAGACUUACUGAUGAUGUCACCUAGCACGGCGAUGAAACAUCUGAACAAGAACAAACCAGUCCAGCGAGCAAGUCAACAACCUCACUCACAACCCGAGGCACAGAUCUGUGCCAAAACUUUUAAUUCUGUGACUGGAACGCAGCUUCCAGUGUUUCUAUUCCAGCCCAUUGUAUUCUCAUCCAUUCACCUUUCUCACUCUGGUUUGUACCUGCUCACUUGUUUUUAGUGAUUUCCGCACUCAGACCCAUAAAUGUCUGCUCGCCCACAGCUCUGAGCUUCUCCCCCCCACCCCCGAUAAAAUUCCCUUCCUUGCCACCAAAAUGGAUGAGCUCACACUGAACUCUGUCUCCACAGUCAGAGCCACUCACUCAAUCUUUCUCACUCAAUCUCACUCACGACAGCUCAUUCCCCCCUUUGCAAUAUUCCAGUGACAGUAAUUACUGUGAAACCCAGUUGUCUUUUGUCAGCAAUUUUUGUUAUGUGCCUGUGCACUCUGAUAUCCAAGAGUAUCAAUCCAUCCAGUGAAGUCUGCAGUCCCAUACAGGAUGCUAGAGGGCAUCCUUAACCCCAUCCUGCCAAUCAGUACAUUCCCAUUAGCCUCCUACCUCCAAACCAGUUACCCCCAGGUGCACAUGCUCUCAAUUUUGAGUUCACAGUCUCUUAUAAGAGAACUUCUAGAAUGUCUUCUGGAAGUUCAAAAAAACAACGUUCAUACAUGCAGGUAUCCCCUCACUAAUCACGUUAAUUACCUCCUCAAAACAUUCAGUUGGCUUCAGUGGAUAAGAGUUACCAUUUUGUAAAGUCAGACCAGUUUUCUCGAGAGGAAUGUACUUCAGUAAAUGUUCAGGCACUCUGCCCUGAUGAAACAUUUACCCACGAUAAAUCUAAGUCUAUGAUUUUCCAGCUCCCCUCGUAAUUUAUCCGCUAAGUAGGGAGCGUGGCGUGGGGUCGCUCGGUUACUGAGGGAGCGUGAGGUAAGGGAGGAAUGGCUGAGGGGGUGACAAUAUGUUAUGCAGACUGGCUGGGGCUAAGGCCUGUGGUGUGGAUCUGACCCUGGCGAAGGGGAUACUGCAGACCUGGUCUGCAGUCAGCAAGCUGGGGCACUCAGUUCUAAUGAUUAUG